GUCAGGCCCUGGGCAGGGAGGAGGGGGCCGAAGUGGUGGCCGGGCAUGGAGCCCAGGUGAGGGAACAGGCCAUGGUGGCUGCCAGUGAGGCAACAAGGGCCACCAUGGUGAGACAGCGGCUGGAGGCGGCCCUGUGGCUGCUGGAGCGCUUGGUGGCCACAUGUGACAAAGCCACCGCCUUCCCCCGAGAGCUGCAGCGCCUGCUCAGGGACAUCGAGGCUGCCAUGAAGGGGACAAAUUGGGUGUCCCCUGAUGUGCCUGGGGGCUUGGUGGCCAAGGUGGCCGAGGUCGAGUGGCUGUGGGAGGUGAACGCCCGCCUGGCUAAGGGUCACCUGGUGGGGGCAGUUCCAGAUGCCAUCAAGUUCUUGUUCACUGGUUGUCCAAGCAACCCCAGUGCCUGUGGGGUGGCCAAGCGGUGCCAAAGAGCCACCGAGGACAUCCCAAGGCUCCUUCAACCCCUGGAGUUUCCCCAGAGCAUUCCUGAGAUGUCCCCAGUGACCAUGGAGCUCCAAGAGGUGUCGCCUCUGCAGCUGCAGGUGAUGGUGGACGUGGUGGCCACCCUGGGCAAGGUGGUGGAAACCAUGACUGGGCCACACGGGGCCACGUGCCUGUACCAUUCCCAAGACUCCCUGCAUGAAAACAUGCAGAACUUCACCCGGAGGCUCCGUAAGAUCCUGAACCAGCAUGGUGUCACCUCCCAUGGUCACCCUGUGGUCCCCUCCUUGGGCCGAGCCCUGGCCACCCUCAGGGCCACCCUGGGGGCCACUUGGGCCAAUGUGAGAGCCACGGCCAAGGCCUGGCGGGAGAUGGUGGCCAAGCUUGUGGACAGCUGGGACCAGUUGGCCAGAGAGGCCACCAAGCUCCGAGAUGACUGCAGGAAGGUGAUUACAGCUCGGCAGCUGAUGGUGGCCCUGAUCAGGGAGGAGGUGACUUGGGAAAUGGCCCCGCACGAUGCCCCGGUGGCUGCAGCCACCAAUGAGGCCAUGGGAGAAGCUGUGGUGGCCACCAGGUGGGAAAUGGUGGCCACCAGGUGGGGACCUUGGGCAGUGGUGGCCUUGGAGCCACUGCAGCGCUUGGUGGCUGCAUGUGACAGAGUCACCUUGUUCUACUGGAACUUGGAGUGGCAGCUCAGGGACAUCGAGGCCAUCCUGAAGGGGACAAACGAGGCGUCCCCUGAAGUCCCCCAGACCAAGCUGGAUGAAGUGGCAGAGUCUGAGCGGCUGUGGCGUGCCAGCACCCGCCUGGCCAAGGAUCACCUGCUGGGGAUACUUGAGCUCAUUGACAACAUCCUCUUGAGACCCUCUGGUGGCCAAGGUGUCUCCAGUGGCCCCAGUAGCUGCACAGUGGCCGAGCAGUGUCAAAAGGCCAUCAAGGACAUCCCAAGUCUGCUGCGGGGACAGUGAUGCCACUGCUGUGAGUUCAUCAGGGUAGUGAUGUCACUGGAGAGACUUGUGGACACUUGAGUGCCAUCAGCUCCUUGUGUCACCAAGAGCCCCUCCAGUGCCACCAGUUCCUCAAGUGCCACCAGCUCCUUGUGUCACCAAGAGCACCUCCAGUGCCACCAACUCUCAAGUGCCACCAGCUCUUCAUGUCACCAAGAGCCCCUCAAGUGUCACCAGCUCCUCGAGUGCCAGCAGCUCUUCGUGUCACCAAGAGCCCUCAAGUGCCAGCAGCUCCUCAACUGCCAGCAGCUCCUCGUGUCAGCAAGAGCCCCGCAAGUGCCAUCUGCCUGGGGCAGAACUGGUGCCUCUGGGCUGCUGGUAGUGCCAUGUCCCUGGUGCUACCUCUGCAGUGUCCCCAUGUCCCUGCAGAGGGAACACGAGGGGUGGCAGAGGGGACGGGGGGUGG